GGUAAAUAUAAUUUUUUAUGCUGAAUACAAUUAUAGUUUUAUUUUUUGGAUUUGUGUAAUAUUAACAUUGAAAAAUAUUAGUGAAGUCGGUAUCGUAAUACCAAAAUCCUUUGUAACGUUCUAGAAGCGCCAUUCAGCAUCAAAAUUAAAAAGUUCUGAAACGUGCUUUGCAAUCUCAUUUCUAAACGGUGUGAAUUCUCAAAUAAGCCAUGGCUACAGAAGAUAUGCCCACAUUUAAAUGUGUUUUGGUCGGAGAUGGUGGUACCGGCAAAACUACUUUCGUUAAACGUCAUAUGACUGGAGAAUUUGAAAAAAAAUAUGUAGCCACUUUGGGCGUGGAGGUUCAUCCCCUAGUGUUCCACACAAACCGAGGCAAAAUCCGUUUUAACGUAUGGGAUACCGCUGGUCAAGAAAAAUUCGGAGGCCUACGAGAUGGAUACUACAUUCAGGGACAGUGUGCCAUCAUAAUGUUUGACGUGACUUCCAGAGUAACAUAUAAAAAUGUACCAAAUUGGCAUAGAGACCUUGUAAGAGUGUGCGAAAACAUUCCUAUUGUUUUGUGUGGAAACAAAGUUGACAUCAAGGAUAGAAAAGUUAAAGCAAAAAGUAUCGUUUUCCAUAGGAAGAAGAAUUUGCAGUAUUAUGACAUCUCUGCUAAAUCAAAUUACAAUUUCGAAAAACCCUUCUUGUGGUUGGCAAGGAAACUCAUUGGAGAUCCCAACUUAGAUUUCGUCGCCGCUCCAGCUCUACUGCCCCCAGAAGUCCAGAUGGAUCCUCAAUGGCAACAACAAAUCGAAAAGGAUCUCAAAGAAGCAUCAGAAACUGCUCUCCCAGAUGAUGACGAAGAUUUGUAAUCGUAAAACCUAGAGAAAAUUGCAGUUGCAUUGUAAAAAGAUAUCCUAACAAAACAAGACUUAACUUAUGUUAAAUUUAUUUGUGUGUAAUUCUGAGGAACUGUUGAUAUUUUUAUAUGCUGUUUUCAAAAUUUGUUUAUAAGUUUGUCAGGGCGAAUGUUCUACAUAGGAGAGAGUAUGAUUGGAAAGGGAUAAUUUGUGAAGAUCCGUUUUGUAAUUUUAUCAGUUCUUAUGUUUGUGAAAUAGAAACUAGUUUUAAUUUCAAUAAAAACAAUUUUUUCUUAAA